GAGGACACAGCCACAGCCCUCCAACGGCUGGUGGAGCUGACGGCCAGCAGGGUGACCCCAGUGAGGAGCCUUCGGGACCAGUACCACCUCAUCCGGAAGCUGGGCUCCGGCUCCUACGGCCGCGUGCUCCUCGCCCAGCCUCACCAGGGGGGUCCGGCUGUGGCUCUGAAGCUCCUGCGUCGGGAUUUGGUCCCGAGAAGCACCUUCCUGAGGGAGUUCUGUGUGGGCCGCUGCGUCUCUGCACACCCAGGCCUGCUGCAGACCCUGGCAGGACCCCUACAGACCCCCCGCUAUUUUGCCUUCGCCCAGGAGUACGCGCCCUGUGGGGACCUCAGCGGGAUGCUGCAGGAAAGGGUGAGGCCACGAGGGACAAAGGUUGGGAGCGCUUUUCCCAAGUCCAACUCUGUCCCAAGCCUCGUCUCUAUCUCCAACUCUGACCCCCAAAUCAGGACCCGCCCAACCCAUCUCCACCCUGAGCCCCCACAUGACCUCCCACUUUCUAACUUUCAAUGA